AUGUAUGAUAAAGAUCAUUUUGAAGCAGGUGUCUGGUCUUGUCGAUACUAUCAGUAUAAUAAAUGGCAUGGACCUUAUCAUUUAUCACUUUCAUUUGAUCAUUUGACGUCAAAAGUGAGUGGUCAAGGAAUAGAUGACGUUGGUAUAUUUACCAUUGAUGGUGUAUUUUCUUCACAAACUCAUCGAAUGGACCUAAUCAAGACAUACGAGCGAGAUACGGGCAAUUCAAAUGAAAAUAUUGGACAUCAAGUUACUCUACAAUUAACUUGGAAUUCGGAUCAUAACCAAUUUGAAGGUAAAUGGUUUGUUCGAACAAGUAAUUAUCGUGGUGAAGGCAUAUUUGAGCUCAAAUUAGACGAAUUCUCAGAGUUACUUAUUGAUAGAUUGAAUGAUUGA